AUGCAGCCCUUCCGCACGAUACGGCCGGCACCGUCUCUGCCGCAGGGGGAUGAACUACACGCCGCGAGCCCUGGCGGUCCCCAAAAAGGACGCCGUGUUAGCCACGCUUGUAACGAGUGCCGCAAGGCAAGGGCCAAGUGUGAUGGCACACGGCCUCGAUGUAAUCGCUGUGUCUCAAGGGACCAGCCAUGCAGCUAUGUCGGCUCAGAUGGAGAGACGCGGCUUGGGGCGGCCAAGAACCGACUUGAGCUUCUAGAGAAAUUCGUCAGCUCACUCCGAUCGAGUUCGAAUAAUGAAGCUGCUAGGAUGCUCGACCUCCUGAAGUCAGGCGACGAUAUCAGCUCCGUCCUGGCCAGUAUGUCCGUCGAUGGUGACGAUAAGCCUGCGCUUCGUCCACCACUUUCGACAAAUGCGAGCAACAGCAGCACCAAAAGUAGUAGCAGUGAUAGCUCUGGCAUCAGUAGUGGUGGCACGUCAGCGACAAGUGCGUCGUCCGGGACUGGAUCGUUGAAACUGCCACCGCUCGCCUCAGGAGAGUUUCAUCGCUCAUCAGAUUCGCCACUGGCUGCGUCGUACCAAGGCGACUCGCCAGGCUCUGCGGCCCGCUCCGCUGAACCCAAGCAAGAAAUGAUCUAUGUGCCCGCCACAGAUGGAUCGUAUAUCAUUGCACUCCCCGAUGCUUCCGACACGGCGCAUGCGAUUCAGGGCUUUUUCCGUUGCAGCGGCCACCUGUUCCAAGUUUUCUCGGAGUCUCAGGUGUGGCAGAUGUAUAGAUCUGUCUUCGAUGGGGACAACGAGGGUACGGAUGAAUUUUGUCGCAAUGUAUGCGGCUUGAUGGCAGUAGCAGCAGUUGGCGCCCAGUACGAGCAUGGGAAUCGUGACCCUCAAGCCAAGACAAUAUUCUACGACAUAGCCAGGCACUAUUUUGAUUUGAUGCUGCAAGAGAAUCACUUGAACGCCAUCAAGGUAUCAGUGAUGUUGACAGUUUAUAACGUCAUGGACAAGGCCACUGUGGCUUUGGCGUAUGCUGAAGUUGGGAUGGGACUAUCGCGACUAUGGGGGUUCCCAAUGGCCAAUGGCGCCGAUGUCAUGCCCAAGCCUGCGUUUUGGGACGAAUCGAGACGUACCUGGCGUACGCUGGUGUUCUUGUCUAGCUGGCUGUCAUCUACAUUGGGCUAUAUUACCGGCAAUGGGGUGGUGCCCCAAGAUGAGAUGCCCACCAUUAUCCAAGACUUGCGCAGAUGGUAUAGUCGGAUGCCCAAGGAAAUCAGGCUGGACUACGAAGGACGGGACUCAUUGCCGCCAGGCAUCAAAUGGUCCAUAUACCAUGUUCAUCUACUCUAUCUUGGCGCCAAUAUCCUUCUAUAUCGACGCAUGGUCUCCCAACUAUUGCAGACCAAGAGUGUCGAUCACGGCCAGGGCAUGCUGAGCAGACCUUUCAGAGAGGUGUUUGACGAGCAUGGCGAGCAAGCCUUACUAGCAGCCAAAGACUCGGCGCGCAUACUUAAUCUAAUGCUCCAAGAGGAAGGCAUCUUCCAGAGAUGCUGGCUUGUGAUUUUCCAAGCGUAUACCUCGGGCUUAAUUAUUCUACACUCUGCGGUGCAAAAGAAAGUCCGGAACCUAUCGCCUUCUUCGUGGGAAGAUGAUGAAGGCACAGCUCGGCUCUGUCUGGAGGUUCUCAGCUACUGUGCUGCAUCCGACUCGACAGCCGCAAGAUUUUGCGAGGAGCUGAAUCCCUUUUAUGAAUACAUCCUUCAGCGGGACAGCACAUGUUUCCAAGGUAAUCCGCUAAUGGCUAGUCGAUCCAACGGAGAUCUUGAAUCGGGAGCAAACUUUGCCACGGGAUCUGGCACAACAGCCUCGCAAUCUACGUCUAUCUCACAUUAUGAACUAGCCAAUCCUCUUUCAGCCCCUGCUCAUGUCCUACCGGACAGUGCAAAGUACAGUUCUUUGAUUUUGGCGAAGCUCUGUCAGCCUUUCGGGGAUCCACAGUGUCAAGGGUUUAAAGUCGGCGAUGUCAAAGAGCGAUGGCGUGACGAACCUACUCGGCAACUCCAUACGCUGAUGAUCGCCAGACUCGAUUGGGACUUCGAGUCAAGGGUGCCAUUCCAGUGGGACCUGGGAAAGCUUCAGAAAACCAGCAAAGUCGGCAGUUCCAUAAACCAGUUACCACUUGCACGGAUGCAAUCCACCGAUGACUUUAAAAGAAGGCCCGGAUACAGCUUUCAGGGGCGAUACCUGGGUAGCGAGACACCGAACGGCUGGAACUCAGACGAGAUGGAGGGCGUCGUCCGUGGAACCUGA